CCCUCUACCCCCCACCCCACCCCUCAUCCCUCAUAUUACGAUGAUGAACAUUUGUAUAUCAACUCUUACUAAGACAAAAGUAUUUGCCCUUUAUUUAAUUAUGAUCCUGACGUUUCUAUUUUCUGUUUAAGUCAUUUGAAUUAUGAUAAUGUAACGACUAUGCAAACAUUAUUUCUAAUCGGAUCUUCUUUUAGAGACGAAUGUUUAAGGUUUAUAUGCUAGAAUUGGGUUGUCCUAGUAUUUUAAGCUUGUAGCUUCUUCUUCUUCUUCCAUUUCUGUUACUAUUAUAUAUUGUUUCUUGCACUUCAAUUAGCUAUAUUGUUUUGCUCUAGUUACUGUCCCUUCUUUGAAAUGUUUUUCCUUGAGCCGAGGGUCUAUCAGAAACAACCUCUCUACCUCCCGAGGUGGGGUAAGAUCUUCGUACAAACUACCCUCCCCAGACCUCACUUGUGGGAAUACACUGGGUAUGUUGUUCUUGUAUGCUAGAAUUGGGUUAGUUAUGUUAACAACAUUUUUUUGGAGCUAUCAUUUUAUUUAUUUAUUUAUGAAGCUGUGACAGAUGUAAUUUAUUGUUUAUUAUAUACAAGAGUUGUAUCUGGAGUUAGAGUUGGCCUCGAUAACUUGAUUAUGUUUAUGUUCAUUGUGACAAACAAGGCAGUUAUUGAGUGAAGCGAUAAGCAAUUUUAGUUAUCACCAAAUGUUGAAUUAGAUUUAGUUGUCAGCCUGUACAUUUAGGAUUAAUCUACUAAUCAGAGUCUGGAUUAGUGAAAAGAAUUAUAUUGAUCCAAAUUGGGUGAUUUUUUUUUUUUGGAAGGAAGUUAGUAUUCUGUUUGACAGUUUGAGUUAAUGUAUAUAGCCAAUUGUAAUAGCUGAAUAUCAUUAGGUUGUGGUUGUUCUUUCUUGUAUAUUUCGCAGAAUACUAUCUGAUUUUCUUUAAAAAGUACCUUUACUGGGGGAAGAUGAGCUAGACUAUCGGCUCUUUCGAGAUAAGCUGGUCUGGCUGUUGAAAAGAAGGCAAUCAUCAUAUGAGAACAUGCAAGGCUAUGGAGUGAAUUUACAAAAUGAGUUCAAGAUGAAAGGUAGAGGCUAAGUUUGUUGGACUCAACUAAGAUAAGAAACAGAAAAAAUAAAAACUUAAUCUGAAUUCCCCACUGGAACUUGGAGAAGUAGUUGGUAAAUUUUAAAAGUUCCUUCCUUGAACACCCAAUUUAUCCUGCAGAUGUGCAAAGCUUUGUAUUACUCAGCUGAGAAUACUACUCGAGGAUAAACAAUGAUAAACACGUGAAUGUUUGGUUAUAUUUGUCUGGGAGACCUUUCUCUUCCACUGUUGCAACUUGCAAAGAAGUUCCCUUAGUAGUACCAUAUCACCUCAUUGGAAAAAAAAGUCUUGAAUUUUAAUUGAGCAAUGUUAUUAUACUUUGUUUAUUUGUUUAAGAAAAUUUCUGCAAGAGACAAUGUGAGAAGAGUUUAUAAGUUAAUGAAUUUGAAAGAACGUGGAAUUAGCUUUCGAUCUCUUCUCUCUUCACUUUGAUACACUUGGUUCAAUAUGUUACAUGGUAUUAAUGAUCGCAUUUCUGCUGUAUGGACUUGUUUAACAUCUUGUUAUCCAUCUUUUUGGUUUUUUGGUGGCAAACAGUUAUGAACUUUGGAUUGAGAUCAAUUCAAAGUUGUGCUUUGCCUUUUUGUUCAUUCAAAGUAAUGGUCACAAGACAAGCUCCAUGUGUGUGGUCUAGCGGUUAAUGAAGCUGGAGUGGACCAUGGGAGACUGGCGCUCAAGUGCUCUGUUAUUUUAGACUCACCUUUGAAUGAUCCCUCUUUUCAUUUUACGCGUCACUCUUUCCUUACUAGUCUAUUUAAAAUAGAAUGAUAACUUUCUAUAUUUGGAGGUAGUUUAACUUUAAACUUCCAUUUUAUCCUUGAUCACAUGUUUUUGUAGCCACAUAAAUUUCACGACAUUUUUAAGACCACAAAUUUCAGAAGUUUCUCUUUCUUUCUUAAACUCCACGCCGAGUCAAACACCACCACAUAAAAUGACUCAGAGGAAGUAUGUGUCGUCACUCAAGUGCCAUGUCGAGGUCUGCAUUAGAGGGGAGGGGAGAGGGCUAAUUGCUCGCAUCACAGAGAUGGCGAAGUGAUCUUAUUCUAUUUAAUCUGCAGGUUGAAUGUGGUUGGAUUUCAAGUAAGCACUUCUGAUAUAUAGACUAGAAGCUGCAAUUUCAGUCGCUCUCACCUACUGGUGGAGUGUAUACAAUUAUAUACCUUUCUUUUUCUGUCUAAAUUUGGACGGAGGCCUUCUAUAUCCAAAUGAAUCAAAUCCCUGAUGGAUUCGAUGUGGUAACAGCUUGAUGCAGAUCCUCCGUAUUAUGGAUCUUCAGUGUCCUCGAAAAAUGCCAUACAAUCACUCUCUAUGCCUGCUGGCUGAAUAAGAAUUAUUCUAUGUUUUCGCAGAGAUGUUUUGGGCUACUUAUUGUAUCUUUCUGUGCUUAUUGAAUAAGAAUUAAUUCUAUGUUUUCGUAACCUCUUACUGGAUAAGUUCUCCUCUAAUUUUUCUUGACGUUCAGGUAUCAGUAAAAGAAAAGUCAAUAGGCAUUCAUUUGUUUAGCAGCAUGGAUAUAGAUCUUCGGCUGCCUUCUCAAGACCAUGAUAAGGAAGAAGAAGAACAAAAUGGAAUUAUAAAUAUGCUUGACAAUGAAGAAAAAAUGCACAGUGAUGAUGGAAUGCAUGGGAUGUUGGUUGUUGAAGAGAAGAUGCAUGCAGAAGAUGGAGGGGAUAUGAACAGUCCCAUAGGAACUAUGAUAGAGUUUAAGGAGGAUGUGAACCUUGAACCGCUGGCUGGCAUGGAAUUUGAGUCACAUGGCGAGGCUUAUGCCUUUUAUCAAGAGUAUGCUCGGUCGAUGGGAUUCAAUACAGCCAUACAAAACAGCCGUCGCUCAAAGACAUCAAGGGAAUUCAUUGAUGCAAAAUUUGCAUGUUCUAGAUAUGGAACGAAACGGGAAUAUGAGAAGUCUGCAAAUCGACCACGUAGUAGACAAGGAAACAAGCAGGAUCCAGAAAAUGCUACUGGUCGGCGAGCGUGUGCAAAGACAGAUUGCAAAGCAAGUAUGCAUGUGAAGAGAAGGUCCGAUGGGAAAUGGAUAAUUCAUAGAUUCGAGAAAGAACAUAAUCAUGAACUUUUACCUGCCCAAGCUGUUAGUGAACAAACAAGAAGGAUGUAUGCCGCAAUGGCAAGACAAUUUGCUGAAUACAAAAAUGUUGUUGGUCUGAGAAGUGACACAAAAGGUCCAUUUGACAAAGGUCGAAAUUCAUCAAUGGAAGGGGGAGACGUAAAUGUUCUGUUAGAGUUCUUCAUUCAGAUGCAAAAUCUUAAUUCCAACUUCUUUUAUGCUGUUGAUGUGGGUGAAGAUCAGCGUUUGAAGAACUUGUUUUGGGUUGAUGCCAAAGCCAGGCAUGACUAUGCAAAUUUCAGUGAUGUUGUCUCUUUUGAUACUACCUACAUCAGAAACAAAUAUAAAAUGCCCCUGGCUCUUUUUGUUGGGGUCAAUCAGCAUUUUCAGUUCAUGCUUCUUGGAUGUGCUUUGGUCUCUGAUGAGAGUGCAGCAACAUUUUUUUGGGUAAUGCGGACAUGGUUGAAGGCAAUGGGCGGUCAGGCUCCCAGGACAGUGAUCACCGAUCAUGAUCAGGUAUUGAAGUCGGUCAUUUCAGAGGCUUGGCCAUCAUCCCUCCAUCAUUUCUGUUUGUGGCAUAUCCUGGGAAAGGUGUCUGAAACACUGAAUCAUGUCAUUAAACAGAAUGAAAAGUUCAUGCCAAAGUUUGAGAAAUGUAUUUACAGGUCAUGGACAGAUGAGGAGUUUGAAAAGAGGUGGAGAAAACUAGUUGAUAGAUUUGAACUCAGAGAAGCUGAAUUGAUCCAUUUGCUGUAUGAAGAUCGUGUGAAAUGGGCCCCUACAUUUACAAGGGGUGUACUUUUAGCGGGAAUGUCAACGGUCCAACGAUCAGAGAGUGUGAACUCUUUCUUUGACAAAUAUGUACAUAAGAAAACCACCGUUCAGGAGUUUGUAAAGCAAUAUGAAGCAAUAUUGCAAGAUAGGUAUGAGGAGGAGGCAAAGGCAGAUUCUGAUACGUGGAACAAACAACCUGCUUUGAAAUCCCCAUCACCAUUUGAGAAGCAUGUGGCAGGCCUUUAUACACAUGCUGUAUUUAAGAAAUUCCAGGCUGAGGUUUUGGGUGCAGUUGCUUGCAUUCCUAAAAGAGAGAAGCAAGACGAGACAGCCAUAACAUUUAGAGUUCAAGAUUUUGAGAAGACUCAAGAGUUCAUUGUUACAAUGAAUGAAGUGAAGUCAGAAAUAUCUUGUAUAUGUCAUUUGUUUGAAUUUAAAGGCUACUUAUGCAGACAUGCAUUGAUAGUUCUCCAAAUAUGUGGUGUUUCCUCUAUCCCAUCGCAGUAUAUUUUGAAGCGAUGGACAAAAGAUGCCAAGAGCAAGUACUCUAUGACAGAUGGAUCUGAAGAUGUGCCAUCAAGGGUCCAGAGAUAUAAUGAGCUAUGUCAUCGCGCAAUGAAAUUGAGUGAAGAAGGGUCGUUAUCUCAAGAGAGCUAUAGUUUUGCUCUUCGUGCACUUGAUGACGCUUUUGGGAGUUGUGUAACUUUUAAUAACUCAAAUCAGAACAUGUUGGAAGCUGGCACAUCAUCAGCCUCUGGUCUUCUCUGUAUUGAAGAUGAUAACCAAAGUAGGAGUAUGAGCAAGACAAACAAGAAGAAGAAUAACUUUACUAAGAAACGGAAGGUGAACUCGGAGCCUGAUGUUAUGGCUGUUGGGACAGCAGACAACUUGCAACAAAUGGACAAACUGAACUCCAGACAUGUGACUCUUGAUGGUUAUUUUGGCCCGCAACAAAGUGUUCAAGGAAUGGUACAGUUAAACUUAAUGGCACCAACUCGUGAUAACUACUAUGGAAACCAACAGACUAUUCAGGGCCUUGGACAGUUAAACUCUAUAGCUCCUACACAUGAUGGCUAUUAUGGUGCUCAGCCAACAAUGCAUGGGCUGGGGCAAAUGGACUUUUUCCGCACUCCAAGUUUCCAAUAUGGCAUCCGGGAUGAACCCAAUGUAAGAUCUGCUCAAUUGCAUGACGAAGCAUCUAGACAUCCCUGAGGAUCACCUGUCAUCAAUUAGGAAAGAGUGGGAAUAUUUCAACUUUCAUUACCGGCUAUUGAUGGAAGUAGUACAACCAAUGAAGAAUCUUGUAGUGUGUGUGUGUAAAACAAAAGGAAUCAAUGUAGGCAGUGCUUCUCCUUUCCUUUUUUUUUUUUCUUUUUGCUUUUCUUCCUAUUUACAUUUGUUCGUUGAUAAAUCAGCCUUUUAAUCUCUUUCCCUUCAAUUUGAUAUUAGAGCUCAAAGAGAAAAUACAGCUCUAAGUUAAUUUCACCUGUAAAGGCUUUUGUGGGAUGUAUUAGUUACAAGUAGUAAAGAUCAUUGAGGUGAAGAUGUAUACCUUUCUUCUAGUUAAGCAAAUGGGUUGUAAAUGUAGACAGUGCCUUUUAAUCUAACUUAUUAUUUUCUCCUUUGUUGAUAAA